AUGAAACCCUUCCAGUGCACUCUUUGUGAGAAGGCAUUUGCAUAUUCACAUGCUCUUAAAAUACACCAGAGAACACACACGGGAGAGAAACCCUUCCAGUGCACUGUGUGCAAAAAUGCAUUUGCAUGCUCAUCACACAUUCGGAACCACCAGAAAACACACACGGGAGAGAAACCCUUCCAGUGCACUCUUUGUGAGAAGGCAUUUUCACAGUCAUCUGCUCUUAAAAUACACCAGAGAACACACACGGGAGAGAAACCCUUCCAGUGCACUCUUUGUGAGAAGGCAUUUGCAUAUUCACCUGCUCUUAAAAUACACCAGAGAACACACACGGGAGAGAAACCCUUCCAGUGCACUCUUUGUGAGAAAGCAUUUGCAAAGUCAUCGGUUCUUAAAAUACACCAGAGAACACAUACGGGAGAGAAACCCUUCCAAUGCACUCUUUGUGAGAAAGCAUUUGCACAGUCAUCACACCUUAAAUUACACCAGAAAACACACACGGAAGAGAAACCCUUCCAAUGCACUGUUUGUGAGAAGGCAUAUUCACGGUCAUCCUCUUUUAAAAGACACCAGAGAACACACAAGCAUCAGAAGAUCCACAAGGAGUGGAGUCUAAAAUCUGUUUGUGAAAGUCAAAGUGCCGCAAUGAGCCCAUCACUCCUGAAACAAGAUCUGGAAGAAAAACCCAGCUUGGACACUUUGAAUGGUAUCGAGGUGAAAUAUGAAGAGGUGAAGGUGAAACGUGAAGAAGUGAUGGUGAAGAGCAAAAAAGUGGAGGUAAAAUGUGAAGAUGAAGAUUCAACUCCAAAAUCUGACCUUCACAUCGAUGGAGGCAACGUGAAGCAGGAGGAGAAUUCUGGCUGUGAGGCAGAGCGAGGCAACUCCCAGCAGUUUGUGGAGGUGGAGGUGUGGGUGGACUUCUUAGACAAUACAAAGUCAAAUGGAGACCCGGUAGUUGUGUAACCUUUAGACAAUGAAGCUCCAGUAGAUUCACCCUUGUCACAGGCAUUUAAUGAAAAUAACGUGAAGUUGAACACUCAAUUCCUAGGUUCAACCUGCAGAGUAAGAUGCGGCCAGUAUUUGUGGACCUGUGGGUUGGGUAGAUGCCCAUCCAGGAGCGAGAGUCCAUAAGCUCCCAAGCAUUCACUAUGUUAUAAUAUUUGCAUUCAUAUGGUGCUUGCUUAAUUGCCUCAGCAACUUGGAGUUCUGUAUCGUAUCUCGUCUCAAACACUCGAAGAGCAUCCCCAAGUAGCAGCUGCCCCUGUGUGGCACAAGGUGGUGGCCCUGCACCGACCUGCAUGUGGACAAGAGCCUGUCAGUAGGGGGCGAUGGUUGAUGUGCCAUCUCAGUUUUGGAGUUUGUAGGUAAGGUUUAGAAUUUGCUAAAUUUUGACCCAGACGCCAGCAUGCAAUGGCCUACUGGUUUUGAAUGACACACCAGUAAGUUUUACAUCCACUGUUAAGCAGAUGGUGCAUUUUCUUUUAUAUCAGCUCCUUGUAUAUACGACGUAACAUGAUUCAUUAAUUCAAUUUUGUUAAUAUGCCUGUCAAUUUAGAAUGAAUACUUGUCUGAUUGUGUGCGUACAUGGAACAUUUUGUCUAUAAUUGUCAAAUAUUGAAUAAGUGAUGUUUGGACAAAUUGCGUUUUUGGAAGUAACCUGUACAGAUAACUCGGGUGAGACCUGUUGUUGUGAUGCAGGCCAAAGGUUAUUUUUUUGUUUCAGGAAGCAUCUUCCUCUGGAGCAACUCAU